AGUGACAUCGAUUGCCAUGCGUUUUGACUCUGAACACAAAACAACAAGGAACAAGGUAAAUUGUUUAAUUGCCGGCAAACUCCAGUCCCCGAUGGCUGAUAAGCAGUGGUCGAGAACCCCAUAAACCAGCCGAUAAGAUCCAGAUAAGCAGCUCUUUCUAAUAUCAACUUAAACCGGCGCUGGAGAACAUUCCAAGUUUAGGAGGCAAGCGAUCGACAGACGCGCUCUUCACGAACGACAACCGAAAGCGAACGAAAAAAAAAAAAUGCCCGAAUACGUGCCGGUAAAGGGAUUCAAGGAGAUGGAGAAUCUCCUGAAGGUGCACGAUAAGAAGACGGAGCCCAUCUACAUCUACUUCUAUGGCGAGAAGGACAAUCAGGGACGCAGCUGGUGUAUAGACUGCGUGGAGGCCGAGGAGACCAUCAUGACCGCCUUUCGCAACAACGCGCCAGCGGAUUGCCUCAUCCUGGUGGUGGACGUGGGCAAUCGUGCCUUUUGGAUGGAUAAGGAGAACAGCUUUCGCAGUCCGCCAUUUUCAGUGGAAGGUAUUCCAGCCCUGCUGCACUGGAAGGGCGUGGAGCGACUUGAUGGCGAUCAGCUAAGAAAGCCGAAUCUGUUGGAGCUCUUCUUCGAGGAGACAGGUACUCAGAAGAGCUCCGGCUUGGCGGCUCAAUGAAGUCUGCAAAACGGUAAACACACUCACUCAAUAAAAUUAGUUUCAACUUGUGUUUUGAGUCGAGA